ACACGUGACUGAGAAGUCUUUAGCUCAGAUGGAAAACCAAGCCUAGAUAUUUUCCUUCAGGGUUCAGGCCAUGCACAGUCAAUAAGAGCAAGCGCCUUAUGAAUAUUCUUAUAUUCAAACCCUUCUUGCAAACCUAAACCUGUAUCAUCAAUCAACAUCUACCAUAUCCAUAUAUAUAUACACAAGUAUAGAAGAAAUAACAGAAGAAAUAGAAACCUUCAGUUUCUGAGAUUUCCUGAACCAACAUGGCUGAUCAUCAACAGAGAAUUCACCCAGUCCAAGAUGUAGAGGCAUCACCACACACACCCUCCGCACCACUUUUCCCAAGAGACACGUCAAAGUCCGACCGCGUGCCGGUGAAGGAACGAGCCGUGCAGGUGGUGGAGCAUCCCCAACCACCUCCGAAGAAGAGAAGAUCAAGAAGCUGCUGCUGCAAGUUUCUGUGCUGGACCAUAAGCCUUCUGCUGAUACUAAUAGUAGCAAUAGGCAUAACCAUAGGAAUUCUGUUCCUUGUUUUCAGGCCGAAGCUUCCCAAAUACUCAAUAGACGGACUUAGAGUAACCCAGUUCAGUCUUUCAGAAGACAACAAUCUGGCUGCAACUUUCAACGUGACAGUCACAGCUAGAAACCCAAACAAGAAGAUUGGAAUACACUAUGAAGGAGGCAGCCAUGUGAGUGCUUGGUACAUGGACACAAAAUUAUGUGAAGGGUCUUUGCCUAAGUUCUAUCAGGGUCAUAAGAACACUACAGUGCUUCAUUUGCCUCUUUCUGGGCAAAUACAGAAUGCAACUGGGUUGCAAACUGUGAUUCAGGAGCAGCUGCAGCAGACAGGGAAUAUUCCUCUGAAUCUUAAGGCAAAGCAACCCGUGAGGGUGAAGCUUGGGAAAUUGAAACUGUUCAAAGUAAAGUUCAGGGUCAGGUGCAGGCUUGUGGUGGAUAGCUUGGAAAGUAAUAAUGAGAUUAAGAUUGUUAGUAGCAGCUGUAAGUUCAGGCUUAGGCUGUGAAUUCAUUCUUAACAGAAUAAGGCCUUUUCUGGUUAUACUAGUAUCAUCAUCAUUAUUUUUUUCCUAUUGGAUUUGUACAUGUUUCAAUAAGAGAUGGAGGAUUAGAUUGGGUUUUUCCUCUCCAUCCAUACUUGAGAUGCCACUCCCGUUCUUAGAUUACAAUUUCCAGAGACCUCUCUUUUACAUUAUAUAUAGUAUAAGAUUAUUAAAAGAAUUA